CAGACCGCUGUAUAGCCCCCACCCCUACCCCUCCCACCCCUCGAUAUCUUAACAUUAUUUGUGUUCAUCUCUUUAAAUAGCAUUCAAUGGUUUCACGUUUUACUGUUACAUGUGUUUUGAAAUGUGUUUUCAAAUGUGUUCAUAACAAUCAUAUGGUUAGCGACGGCUUAAGAGGACAGGGAUGCAAAACGACGACGUGAUUUGGAGUGUUCUGAACGGAAGCUUCUGUUCCCAUAAAGUGCAGACAAAGACUCAGCACUUCUGUCGCAAUGAGUACAACGUGUCGGGUCUGUGCAGUCGGACGGCCUGUCCGUUGGCUAACAGUAACUACGCGACGGUUAGGGAGGAGAAAGGGGUUUGUUAUCUGUUCGUGAAGACCAUCGAAAGGGCGGCCUUUCCAUCGAAGUUGUGGGAGAAGACCAAACUGUCGAAGAACUACGACAAGGCUUUGGAACAGAUAGACAAGAGUUUGCUGUAUUGGCCGAAACACAUGAAACACAGGUGUAAACAGAGGUUAACCAAAAUCACUCAGUAUUUGAUACGAAUGAGACGACUGGCGCUCAGGAGGCAGAAGAAGUUGGUUCCCAUUCAGUCGAAAGUGGAGAGAAGGGAACGCAGGCGUGAAGUGAAGGCUCUUCUGGCGGCCAAACUCGACAACGCCAUCGAAAAGGAGUUAUUGGAGAGACUGAAGAGGGGAACGUAUGGAGACGUCUAUAACUUCCCGCAAACAGCCUUUGAAAAGGCUCUCAACGAAGAAGAGGUGGACACCGAUGACCGACAGGUCGAAGAGGAACAGGAGAUGGAGAGCGACACGGAAGAGGCGGCCGUCGAAUACGUGGCCGCAAAUGACUUCCAAGAGAGCGAUGACUCAGAUCUGGAAGACUAUGACAAACCCGAAGACGAGUCUUCGAGUAGCGAUGAAUCGGAUGAAGACAUGAGUAGUGCGAAGAAAGGCCGCAAAAAGCCCACUAAAAGUCGGCCUAAGAUUGAGAUCGAAUUCGAGAGGGAAUACGAAACGGCCGGUCCUUCGCGUCUCAAAUAGUUUUCUCAAAAUAUUCAUACAAUUCAUUACAAAAUAAUUAUAACAUUAUUUGAAUAAAAAUAAUAAAAAUUUUAAUUUUUCUAAUACUG